ACAGUCAUAGAUAAUUUUUCGAAGUGUUGCCUUUGUGGAUUGAAUUUCGUUCUCGGGGACACAAAAUAAUAUUUUUUCUAAACGUUGGAAACAUUGAAUCAGACACAUAAUGGCGGAGACUGUGUUAUUUUUACGAGUAAUUCAUACUGGCAGCUGUUACUUUGGCUUACUAUAAAUUGUUAGUAAUGUGUUGCGUUCGUCGAGAAAGCUGUAAACUCAGUGAUUGACGUUUGAGUGAACUCUACAGUGUUUGCAAGUUGUUUGGAAAAUAUGGAGUCGUAGGCCGUGUGUGGACAGUGUUAUUGGAUCGGUGUCGGUGUAGUAGCCGGAGGGUGCAGCGCAUGGUGAGGAGCUGAACUCAGCGCGAUGGGGGCGCAGCAAGCAAAGGAACGCGGGGCGGCUGGCGGCGCGUCGAUGCGGUCGGCUCGGAGCAAGCCGCGCGUGCCAAAGGACCCCCGGCUUCUUGGCUCCAACAUCUUCACAGAACACAGCGAAGCACUGCUACAGAGUCGUCCGUUGCCACACAUCCCCGACCUGCCCGCGGAGAGCGCGGUGGGGGACGCGGCCGCCGUCGUGUCCACACCCCUCACCCUGGACACUGCCAACAGGUGGACCUCGAAAGAGAACCUUCUGGCGCAUGUUGAAGAUGAAGACCCUCAGUUGUUCGUAGCCCUGUACGACUUCCAAGCCGCAGGGGACAACCAGCUAACGCUGAAGAAAGGCGAGCAAGUGCGCAUAGUGUCGUACAACAAGUCGGGCGAGUGGUGCGAGGCGCACCGGCUGGCAGGCGGCGUGGGCUGGGUGCCGUCCAACUACGUCACGCCGGUCAACUCGCUCGAGAAGCACUCGUGGUACCACGGCCCCAUCGCGAGGAACGCCGCCGAGUAUCUGCUGUCUUCGGGGAUUAACGGAUCGUUUCUUGUGCGAGAAUCAGAGUCCAGUCCGGGACAGCGCAGCAUCUCUCUCCGCUACGAGGGCCGAGUGUACCACUACCGCAUCAACGAAGACAGCGACGGCAAGGUGUUCGUGACGUCAGAAGCGAUGUUCUGCUCUCUGGCCGAGCUGGUCCACCACCACUCUGUGGCCGGCGACGGGCUGGUCACGCAGCUUCUGUACCCCGCGCCGAAGCGAGACAAACCAUCGGUCUUCCCGCUCGCACCUCCGGACCACUGGGAGAUAGACCGCACAGACAUCGUGAUGAAACACAGGCUUGGCGGCGGCCAGUAUGGUGACGUGUAUGAGGCCGCUUGGAAGAGGGGAAAUCUCACUGUUGCUGUCAAGACUUUGAAGGACGACACAAUGGCCCUAAAAGACUUCCUCGAAGAGGCCGGAAUCAUGAAGGAGAUGCGCCACCCGAACCUGGUGCAGUUGCUGGGCGUUUGCACGCGCGAGCCGCCCUUCUACAUCAUCACCGAGUUCAUGUCGCGCGGCAACCUGCUCGAGUACCUACGCGCCGCCCACAGGGACAAGGUUGACGCAGUGGUGCUCAUGUACAUGGCCACGCAGAUCGCGUCCGGCAUGAGCUACCUCGAGAGCCGCAGCUUCAUUCACCGCGACCUCGCGGCGCGCAACUGUCUGGUCGGCGAAAACCACCUGGUAAAAGUGGCUGACUUCGGUUUGGCGCGUCUUAUGCGAGACGACACAUACACGGCGCACGCCGGCGCAAAGUUCCCAAUAAAAUGGACGGCGCCGGAGGGACUGGCGUACAAUACUUUCAGCACUAAGUCCGACGUUUGGGCGUUUGGAGUGCUCUUGUGGGAGAUUGCCACGUAUGGGUUGUCGCCGUACCCGGGCGUUGACUUGGCUGAUGUCUAUCACAUGCUUGAGAAGGGCUACCGCAUGGAGUGUCCGCCCGGCUGCCCGCCCGCGGUCUACGAGCUGAUGCGCGGCUGCUGGCAGUGGCACGCCCACGACCGGCCCACCUUCCGAGACAUCCACCACGCACUGGAACACAUGUUCCCGGACCACUCCAUCACUGAAGAGGUGGAGAAGCAGCUGCUGGAGACGGGCUCGACGGGCACGCCGCAGCUGUCGGCUCGCAAGGCGGACGCCGGCAAGGGCGUCCAGAUGCGACGCCCCACCAACCGCCGCGGCAAGCAGGCGCCCACGCCGCCUAAACGGACCAGCCUGCUGUCUUCAUGCAGUUCAUUCCGGGAGUCUCAGUACGCGGAGGAUUGCCCGGCGCCGCCGCCCGGGGUCUGCGACGACAACGGCGUACAUAACGGUGUGGGGGCGCGGGGUCGCGAGUCGUCCGAGGGUUCCCUCGCGGAGCCGGACACGGACUCGUCGGGCGCUCGAGCGUCGGCCCGCCAGCGCGCCGCCCGCCGCCGCCACACGCCGCCCGCCACGCACCCGCCCACGCCUAACACUGCUAAGAUAUUGAUGAGAGAUCGAUCGCCGGCCGCCUUAGAAGGCAACACUAAGGGAGUCCAAGUGGCGGCGCUGGAGGUGCAGAACGUGAAGCGCGCCAUCAACCGCUACGGCACGCUGCCCAAGGGCGCCCGCAUCGGCGCGUACCUCGAGUCGCUGCGGCAGAGCGCCCCCGACGAGCGCUCGCAGCACAUGAUCCGCAGCAACUCGUCCGGCGGCGUCACCUCCCCCGCCUCGCCCCGCGCGCCCCGCGCCCGCCCCCGCCUCGAGUUCCCGCCCCCACCCCCCGACCUGCCCCCCGAGCCCAACAAGCAGGCCAUGAAGGAGAUGCUCGAGCUCAAACUAGUGGCAGAAAUCAAGGAGCGCGCCGACCGCCGCACGGCCGUGGCGGACCCGCCCGCCCCGCUCCCCGCGCCGCCCCCCGCCGACCCCGCCGCCCGCCUCGUCUCCGAGCUGUCCGAGAGCCUCAACCUCGUCAAGCCGGAGCCCGCGUCGCCCAAAAAGACGGAGAACAAAAGCACAGACUUCAAAGCGCAGCUGAAGAAGGUCGAGGUGAAGAAAGUGGGUAACAACGUGGCCAAAGAGGACGAGUCGGGAAAAAUCAUCGACUUCAAGUCGCGGCUGAGGAAGGUGGACGGCGCGCCGGCCGUGAACGGGGUCAAGAAGUCCCCGGAUGAGAAGGAGAAUGGCAAGAAGGAGGCUCCGAGCAAGAAGGAGGAGGCUAGCGAGACGAGCGGCGGCUCGGCCGGCAGCGGCGACGCGGCCGACGCGGACGACGACAAGCGCCGCAGCACAGGCAGCAUAAGCAGCUUAAAGAAGCUGUGGGAGAGCAAAGAAGCCGAGGGUCGGAGCGGGGAGCCUUCCCCCGAGGACCGUCGUCCGGCGGUGGCCACCAAGCCGGGCCGGGCUAGACGCGGCGGCGGCAUCUACGCCACGCCGCUGGUAGGCAGCCCCGCGCCCGAUGACGCGCUGCAGGGGAUCCGGGCCUCGCUGGAAGCUUGCACUGCUGAGGUCCGCAAGACGGGGCGCGGCGCCGCCUGGCGGGCCAGCACGGCGGAGCGGCUGUGCGCGCUGGGCGGGCUGUGCGCGGCGGCGGGCGCGGGCGAGGCGCUGCCGCCCGUGCUGCGGGCGCAGCUGCGCGCCGCCGCCGUGCGCCUGCGCAGCGAGGCCGCCGCGCUGCCCGCCGCCGGCGACAUGGGCGCCGUCGAGCACGCGCUCACUGAUCUAGCGCAUAUUGUCAACAGGUAAAGCAUAACCCCUUGCGAGCGACCAGCGCCCGCGCGAUUCAGAGCGUACGAACUGCAGGAUCAAACAUAUUGAAACAAGGAUUUGAUACCACGAAUGGGACUCACCAUGUUAUGUACGCAUAAUUAAAUAUAUUUUUCAUCUAUUUAUAUAACUAUUAGGAAUGCGACUAUAGCCAUCUUGUAUACUCGUUAAAUUAAUCGUUUACUAGUUUUAGAAUGUGCUAUUGAUAACGCCAUUCUUAGUUAGGUGUACAUUGAGUAUAAAAAAAAGUAAUUUUUCAACGGAAACGUGACUUCAUGGGCGGUAUUUUCGCUUGCGAUGUAUUAAAUAUUGAACUUAUUUUUCCUUUAGAAAGCUAGAAACCGCGAUGGUGUGUAAGAAUUAAUUUAAAUGAUUAAAUAUGAUGAAUAAGAGAACUUUGACCAGAAAGGUAAGCUAUCGUAGUUGUAAACUGAUAGCAUAUACAACGUGCUAAGUUUGUUUAUAUAACUAACAGUAUAUUUCUAAACUUAGUUAUACUCUUUCCAAUAGCGUAUACAGUAAGAUGUAGAUCCAUUGUCACUGACUCGUUGACUAGUCGUGACGAAGAUAGUCGUAGGAAAAUAACACUUAAUGCCACGAGGCAAAGUGUAGCAGCGGCGGCGUAUGUGGUGAUUAGUUAGUUUUAACAAUUUGUGAAAACAAUAUGUAUAAAAUGUUGUUUUUUGCCUGAUCAGAUGUACAUAAGUGGAAUCUAAAUAGCUCGGUACAUAGUUUAGAAGGAAUAUCGUCUUUAGUGUCGCUAAUGUUGUGAUAUCACUACAAUAGUGAUGGCGAUGUAUCAAUGUACAAUCCAAGCGGCAAGUGAACAAAAUAAUAUUAACCUCAAUUUCUAUUCGAGUAUUAUUUAGUUCGUUUGCAUGACGCGAUCGAGUGUGCGUGAAAGUGUUCGAGUGAAAGAAGAGAGACGUAGAGUGAGACAAAACAGGACUUCGACAUACAGGGGAGGGGCGGAAGGGAGCGGUAUUCUUGUGACAAAGUCAUAUCGGAUUGUUCAACCCAAUUCCUUGCAGUUAGGAUAUAUUUUACGUUUCUGUGCCAAAUAUUUCUAUAGAAUCAUGUUACAGUUUUGCCUAUACCAAACAUACCGCAUUGAUGUUUACAAAAUAGUCCUAAUUGAAUUCGUUAGUAUAUAUGUAAUGGUACAGCUAUCAGUGAAGUGUACACCUAACGUAGUUAAAACCUACAUUAUAAGCAAAUUGUAAUACGUUUUGUAUAAUAUUUCCGCUUUCAAAUGCAAAUAAGACGACCAUUUAGCAUUUAAAGAACAGUUUAAUCGUAUUUUUUCUAUAUCCGAGUUAAUCUUCCUCGUAAUUAAUGGUAGGGGACAGCAUGCUAUAUAAUUGUAAUUAUUUUGAUUGAAUAAUGCAUGAACAUGUGUAAUUUAUAGUAGGGAUACAGUGGUGCAAACUCACAAACAAGUGAAUGCAACUGACUGUACACUGAAUGAAAUUAGUAACAAACAAUUUAAAGAUGAAAUUUUAAAUUAUUUAAGUAGGAAUCUAAUACAAAAUAUGUAAAUUAAGUAACGAUAUCCAUGUGUCUGCUUCCAUCCUCCAAGUGUAUGAAUUUGGAGAAUUAUCUCUGUGUCUUCUAUAGUCUGCUAUGUCUCACCUCAUCAUAACGGUGAUCGAUAUCAUAUAAAAAGCAUGUACAAAGCUUAUUUAUAUCGUUAUUUAACGUAAAUUAAGCAUGCUGUCUCAAAUAUUGAUAGUGAUAAGACUUACAGUUGUCAUGUAAGUUUAAGAUAUAUUGUAUAUGAUACACGGUGAAAUUUCACGUAGCUGCCUCAAAUAUUUCAGAAGUAGAUAACGCCGACAGUGCAAUCCAAAUUGCAUUGUCUAGCGCGUUAGUAAUUUAAUGUAGUCUAAUUUAUAUUUAAAUAGGCGUGACCAUCACUGUUCAGCUAUUUACCCUAGGUACAGUCGACUGCAUUACUAUGUUAUAUGAACUUUUGUACCUUGACUAAACCAAACUUCUUAAACCGCCAAUGAAGUAAUUAGCGGUUCCUGAAUUUAUGUUUUGAUAGGGUAAAAUAUAUGCCAAUAAAGUCGACUGUAUAUUCCAAUCAGUCACUGUCUAUUUUGUAUAUUUUUAGAUAGUGACAGACUGAACAGUUCAUAAAAUUCAGAAACGGUAGGUGCCUGUCACCCAUAAGCCAAGUAACUUUUGCUCUAUUUAAUAAGUGUGAUUAUGAUAUAAAAAUAAUCAUGUCUUUAUCAAUGAAGUGUUAUACUCAGUACAGACCCAUUAUUAUGAUUCCUCAAAGUUUGCAUUGCGUUGUCUUCCUAUGUUCUUCCGAGGCCUCAAUCAAAUUUGAAAGUAAACUAAUAGUUUGAAUUCAGUCUUCUGUAAUUUAGAAAUGUGACAUCUUAUAUCCACAUGAACAGGUUUUCGACUAUGUAAAAAAACCUACGUGUAUUAUUGCGAUGCUGUCAAAUGUUUCCUUGACUUGUAACUGAGAAGUUCGCAGAUGGCAGCACCAUCGCUUUAACCGAAUGUACUCUUGGGAUUGGUCCAUUUAGCAGCCAUUUUAUAAAUUCUAGUCUAUAGUAGGCUGGGGUAACGGGUGCUGCCUUCCCCAUUUACUGUAGCAGUAUCGAACAUAGGCUUUAUAAAUAUCUUUUGAAUGAGAUUAAUUGGUUCAUACUCGUAAUUAUUGAGUAUUCGAUAUUUUAUAAAACAUUAAUCGAGUCUGAUUGUAUACUCUAAGCUUUUACCUAAAAGCUGCUUUUAAACGGAUUAACAAAUAUACUUGUUAUUUUCUGUGUUCCCGUGACUCAGAACAUCGGAACAACGCUUAAAAUUACUUGGGCCAAUCCGCUUAAAAGUAGUUUUUAUAUGUAUAUAUUUAUUAUUAUUAGAUUAACAUUACUGUAAAUAUUACAAAAUGGGUGCAAAAUUGUGCUACGACACUAGAGUAGAUGGAGUAUCUCUUAUAAGAUAUAGUUUUUUCUAAUAACUUCUCAGCUAUGUAUUAUUUUUAAAGACUGUUUCAUAUUCCAAGUGUUUACGGCAUGGUAUGGCGUACCUUCUAUGCUUGAGAUUCCAUUGCUAUUAUAGGUCCAGUAUUUACUUAUAAUUUUAAACGAAAUGCAUUUUGUCUGAUUAAAUCCAAUGAUAUAUUUCAAACAAGAAUAUGUAUAAUAAUAUUAUGUAGCUUAACCCAAAUUAUACGGGACAUCGUAAUUGGUACGAAUUUACUUAGAGAUGAAAGUAAAUAAACUUUAUAUUCUCUUAAAUAUUAAUGUAAAACAUAGUACAGAUCAUGUAUUAUCAUUAUCAAGUCACAAUUAGGUUUUAUUGGGAAUGAAAUGAAUUUAUUGUAAAUCAAUGUGAUUUGUUCGAAGUUGUUUUUGUACUACGUAUUGAUAAUUAUUCAAAUCAUGGUUGGUUCUUGAAUUUAUUAGUCAACCAAGAUAGGUUCCGGAGUUAAUGAUAUAGUAUAUUCUUCUAGCAAGGACUUGUACAGGUACCAAAAAGCUACAUUGGUCACCCCAGAGCGCAAACAUUUAAACGAUAUGAAAUCUAUCGAUGUUCUGCUCAGUCAUUCAGUAUACUGUCAAAUAAGAGCAAUAGAUUUAAUUUUGGUAAAUUAUGUUUGGUGCAAGUCACUGAUAUGAGAGUCUCAGGAUCCAAACGGUUUGCGCUGGGGAUACCUAUCUCUUUUGCUGACUGUACUAUAAUAAUAUGGUAAUCUAUAGACUUUCUUGGUGUUUACGUAGUAGGUAUGUGUACCUAAUUAGAAAUGAUUAAAAUUUAUUGCGUUUGUGGAAAUGAUAACAAAGAUAAUAAUAUAGAAAUACACUGUAUUAAAUAAUAACUCAUAAGAUCUCAUAGAUUGCGGUGUAUUUAGAUUUAUAACUGUGAAAGUUAAACAUACUUUGUUUUAAAAUUAUGAAUUUAUAACUGCUUUACAAUUUUUCAAUACUAUUUGAACAGGAUAAUUAAGUGCCAGACCCAAUACUGUUCCGGAUGAGGUAUUCUUUAUCUAUUGUAUUUUUUCUGGCUUACUUUUUUAAAUAUACUUAAUUUAUAUAAAUAUUAUUAUUGUACUAUGAUUAUGAUUCUAUGUGAACAUAGAAGAUAAUUUUCUUACAAUCAUCUCUUACUGCAUUGACUUUUGUAUUUGCGAGUGGUAACUCCGUUGCUAGAGGAUCACUUGACAUGGUUAUUUUAAGUUAGCGUAUACUGUGAUACGGCUUUUAGAAAUGGUAUGUGCUCAAUAGGUUUCUUUUAUCGUAUUUUAAUCAAGAUUAGGAUAUUAAAAAAUACUAUUACUAAGUAUAUUGUUACUGUAAUGAUGUAAUAGGUAACGAACCAUUUAUAUUGAAAAUUAUAAUUGUAUAACACUGAUGUAUGCUAGUCUCUAUAAUUAUAUUAAAUGUAUGUAGAAGUAAGAAUAAAUAUAUACUUACGUAAGUUCCCUGCAUAUAGGUCGCGUACAAUCCUCUAAACUAUUUUAGUAAUUAUUGUAUGAUUAAGAAUUUUAUAUACUUACAUUAGGCGAGUGGGAGCGUCGCUCCGCCGCACAUUAUAUGUCAUUUACUCCAUUGUCUGUACUCUGUAUAGAAGUUGCUUCUGACGCGUCGCGCGCACACCGGCCGAACCUAGAGGACUGUCUUCAACAGAGAGACGCAACCAAAAAACUCUUUAUAUAGAGUUUGGCACUUCAAAUUGUAAGAAGCGCUGGACGCAUCUUAAAAUUUAACAGGAAGUCUGUCGUUGUUAUUGUGAUGAGUCAACAACUGUCCUCUCGAGUAGCAGUAGAACUCACUGUAUGUAUAUUAGAAUGAAGGUUCGCGGUCUCGCCCGGUGUGCGCGGGCCCACACGGAUACUCGGGGCGAGCGAACAACGAAUGCUCAAGAAUGAAUUUAUGCGAAUGUUCUCUUUAUCUUUUUAGCGAAUUUUGCUCACUAUUUCCAUGUUAGUUGUGUCCAAAAUUGUUAGCUAACUUCCUUCAUUUAUGUAAAGAGUGAAGCUCAAUGGAAACGCCCAGUGUGCGUCUGCCCCGGGGUCGCAUCUACUCUAAGUUAUAAAUCCAAAGAUAGAAGCUGAUUUACAUAUUAUAAACGUUCAUACAUAGAUACACAUGUCAAAAUGUAAUGGAAAUUAAAUGUUUUCUUAUCAGCA